CGCGACUCUCCUCUCUUCCCCGAAACCAGGUCAUUCUGACGCCGAGAGGCCGGUGUUUGAACGACAGGGAAGAUGCUUAGUGAAAUGCAUCAUUGCCUUGACUGGACCAGAGAAACAAGAGAAGAAGUAAUCCCGAUCUCUCUGUUGACCUACCCCCACAUGAGUUCUGACUACACAGGACUCUGCCUGUUUCUUUUUUUUAAUUUUUUUAUCCUCACAUGGGGACCUUUUUUUUUUUUUUCAUUGUUUCUAGAGAGAGAGGAAGAAAAGGGGAAACAUUGAUGCCUGAAAGGAACAUCUAUUGGUUGCCUCCCCCACACACUGGAUGAGAGAUUGAACCCACACCCCAGGUAUGUGUCCUGACCAGGAAUCGAACCCACAACCCUUCAGUUAUGGGAGGACGUUCCACCCAACUGAUCCACGCUGGCCAGGGCAGGACUCUGCCUGUUUCUAUGUGAGAAAUACUGAGGAAGAAAGGAUGGUGGCUGGAUUUCCAGCAGCCUGGGUACAGGCACCAGUGACCUUUAAAGAUGUGGCUAUGGAGUUCACACAGGAGGAGUGGAUGAUGCUAGACUCCGCUCAGAGAAGUAUGUACAGAGAUGUCAUGUUGGAAAACUACGUAAAUCUCACUUCAGUGGCAUAUCAAUUAUGCAAGCCUUCUGUGACCUCCCAGUUGGGUCAGGAAGAGGUAAGAACUAUGAAAAGGAGAAUACCCAAAGGCACCUAUCUAGAUUGGGAGAUUCAAAUUACAACCGAAGAGUCAACUCUAAAGCAGAAUGUUUUGGGGGGAAAAACAUCCAGUGGUAAAAUGGUAAGAUUCACAAUGGAUGAUUGGUCUUCCACAUUAAUACAAGACUGGGAAUGCCGUAAGACCAGAAAACAGCACAAGACCCCAGAGGGUAAUUUGAAGCAAAUGACAUAUACCCAAAAGAAAACAGUGAAUCAGGAGAGAUUCUGUGACUGCCAUGAAUUAGAAGAAAACUCUAAACUUAGAUCAAAACUUGCUUUUUCAAACAGAGUUUCCGUCAGUAAACGUUGCCAUAAAUGUUGCUUAACUAUUGAGAGUUUGAAGCAUAAGUCAAUCCUAAACAGUAAUGAGAAGAACUCUGUGAGUGAGACAUUCUAUGAGAGUCAUGAAUAUGAUAGAUGGCAUCUUGAAAGAGCCCAAACAGCACAAAAAGAGGACACAUGCUCCGAACAUGGUAUACAUUUCAAAUAUAAUAUGCUUCCUAUACAAAAUAAUUUUGAUAUGGUGGAAAAUUCCUAUGAAUGUAAUAAAAACAAAACUUUUAGUCAUCAGUCACCCAGUGAGCAAAAGGAGCAAUCUCCUACUGGAGAGAAAUAUGAAUGUAGUCAGUGUGGGAAACCCUUCAAAAGGAUUUCUAAUUUUAUUUUGCACAAAAGAAGUCACAUGGGCGAGAAACAAUAUGAAUGUAAAGAAUGUGGAAAAGUCUUCACUGAUUCCUCAACCCUAAAGAGACACAUACGAACUCAUACUGGUGAGAAACCCUAUGAGUGUCAUCAAUGUGGGAAAGCUUUCAGUCAAAAAACAUCUCUUAAGGCCCACGUGAGAACUCACACUGGAGAGAAACCUUAUGAGUGUAAUCAUUGUGGAAAGUCUUUUGGAACAAGUUCUUACCUUAUAGUGCACAAGAGAAUACACACGGGGGUGAAACUCUACAAGUGCAGUGACUGUGGAAAAGCCUUCAACACGAGUUCUCACCUUACAGUUCACAAGAAGAUACACACCGGAGAAAAUCUUUACGAGUGCAAAGACUGCGGGAAAGUUUUUAGUGGUCUCUCAUCCCUUAGAAUGCAUCUGAGAACUCACACUGGGGAAAAACCCUAUGAAUGUCAGGAAUGCAGGAAAACCUUCACUGUUUCCUCUUCCCUUAGGAGACAUGUGAGAACUCACACAGGAGAGAAACCCUAUGGAUGUAUUCAGUGUGGCAAAGCAUUCAGUCAGAAUUCUUCACUUAUCAUACACAAGAAAAUUCACACUAGGAGAGAAUCCCUGUAAGUGUUUUGAAUGUGGAGUGACCUUUUUCAUCUCCUUAAGGUGGACUACAGUUUCACUAUUUCAGUCUUUGUUCUCUAAAAUAAGCAUUUAAGGCUACAUAUGUAGUCGUUUAAAAACUCCUUUAUCUACAUAACACAUAUUGGUGUACGCUAAUUUAUUCUCUUAAUUCUACUUGUCUAAUAUUUAUUAUGAC